UUUCUUGUCUUCAUCAGACUCAAUUCAAAUUUUGUUCUAAAUCUCUUUAGUGGUUUUUGUUCUUUCUGUUACUUAUAGCUUUGGUUACUUUUUUCAACUUAAGUUUCACAUUUUAAGUGAGUUUUUCUCCUAGUAAGAAACAUUGCAACAUAAACUAUCCCGGUCAAAGGUUUUAAGUUCGAGUUUCACUAGACUUUUUAGAAGUCGGUAAAUGUAAGUUUUUUUGGACACUAAAGUCUUCGCUGCCUUAGACCGAGGCACCAUGCCUCCGUCUUAAAUUAUUCUCAUAAAAAAAUGGGAGAGACAUCAUUGCCACCCGGUUUUCGAUUCCAUCCAACCGAUGAAGAGCUAGUAGGAUACUAUCUUAAAAGAAAAGUGGAAGGACUUGAAAUUGAGCUUGAUGUUAUACCAGUCAUUGAUUUUUACAAGUUUGAUCCAUGGGAACUGCCUGAGAAAUCGUUUCUACCAAAACGAGAUUUAGAAUGGUUUUUCUAUUGUCCACGCGAUAGAAAGUAUCCAAAUGGAUCAAGAACAAAUAGAGCUACCAAAGGUGGUUACUGGAAAGCCACCGGAAAAGAGAGAAAGAUUGUGUGUCAAGGCACUUCAUCUACUAUCACAGGAAACUGCAAAAAACUUGUUUUCUAUAUUGGAAGGGCCCCUUUAUGGAAUAGAACUAGCUGGAUCAUGCACGAGUAUCGCCUCAGCGAUGAUCUUGGCCAAGACUCUCCGUAUUUUAAGGGUGGUUUUGCUUUGUGCCGAGUUACUAAAAAGAAUGAAAAGAGAAAGAGGAUUGUAACAUGUUCCGGUGAUGUUUCUUCACAAGCAAGUCACAUGAAUAAUGAGAUUGGAUAUUCAAGCCUUGUUACUUUUAAGCAAAAUGUGGCUCCAAUCGCUGAGCUUAACCAUGUUUCAGUAGAAAUCAAUCCUUCAAAUUUAUGUAUAUCCCCUGAUAUGAUUCUUGAUUCUUCAAAGGAGUAUACUAAAGUGCAAGAUGCAGUGGCUCGAUAUUUUCCUAGGCAUGACUCACCGAAUCAAUCGUUGGAACAAAUAACAGUUUCACCUACUUUAUUCUUCUCAAAUUUAAGUAGUGAAAUUGAAUUUUCUGAUAAUGUAAGUCAAAUUGGAUGCAUGUCACCUUACUCAAGUCAAGGGAAUUUCAUGGACUAUUAUGGAAAUUGGGAUGUUCCUUAUGAGGCUUAUGAUCAAAUUAAUUCAGUCUCAUAUCAAGAUCCAAUUUGAAGG